AUUUUUCGGUCUGUCUGUGAAAUUUUUUAAGAUUUUCUUGAAAAUUCGAGAAAUUUCUUUUAAAAAAAAAUUUUUUUCGACACUAAAAGCCGCUAAAGUGAAUUUUUCAUCACGACAACUUUCAUAAUUUUUGUUAUCAUCCAAAGUUCAGUAGUUCAGAUCAACAGGCGAUUUUUAAACAUUUUCCGGUCAUUUUUCUCCUGAGUUGUCAUUUUUUGAUUAAGUCUUCAUCAAGCAACGAGUGACUUUUACAGCUAAACAACCACCGACAAGUGAUGAAUUUACGAUUCUGCGCAUUCCGUGCCCGUAUUUGUCUGUCGUCACAUCUGGCGUGUCGCUUCUAACAUUGUUUCGUAAAAAAUUAUUUACUAAGUAAAAAAGUGUGAUAUUUUUAGAAAUAAUUUUCGGGAAGCAUCGUCUUUUAAAAAAUAAUUAUUAAUCGAAAAACAGUCGAAAGUGAAAGUUGUUCGAAGAGGAAAAGGAAAUUUUUUGCUAAAAAAGAGGAAAAAUCGUAACAAAUAACGAGAUUUCUUAUCAGCAAUAUUUUUUUCUGUCUGGAGCGUUUUGUUUAUGUAAUGAUUGUUGAUUGUUAAGUCAACAAAAUUUGAUUGUUUAGAAGAAAAAAAGUAAAAAAAUACCAUUUUCGCACGAAUAAUUGAAAAAAAUAAUCAAAUGGCAGAAGGUCGCAUCGAUGUCGAUAAGCCGCUGUACGAUUUGAGCACGUUCAAGGGUCGUUUCCUGCAUUUCGCGUGGGUAACAGACCCGCGAACUUGCGUUGUGCAGGAUGCCGAGCUGUACAAGGCCAAAACGCUCGUCGAGCAAUAUCGCAAAGGCGAAGAACCCAAAGAAACGACCUUGGCUCAGAUCAAAUAUGCGAAAAAAUUGUACGAAAGCGCUUUUCAUCCGGAUACGGGGGACUUGCAAAACGUUUUUGGGCGCAUGAGUUUCCAAGUACCGGGCGGUAUGCUCAUCACGGGCGGCAUGUUGCAAUGGUACAAGACGACACAAGCCGUUGUCUUUUGGCAAUGGAUCAAUCAGUCGUUCAAUGCGUUGGUAAAUUACACGAAUCGCAACGCAAAUUCGCCGGUUUCGACGACGCAGCUGGGCGUUGCUUACGUUUCGGCGACAUCUUCGGCACUUGUUACUGCCAUCGGGUACAAAGCGUGGCUCAGUAAGCGGGCAAGUCCCUUUUUUCAGCGUUAUGUGCCGUUUUCUGCUGUGGCAGCUGCUAAUUGUGUCAACAUUCCACUGAUGCGUCAAAACGAGUUACUUUACGGCAUCGAUGUGCAAGACGCGAACGGAAAUAUCGUCGGAAAGAGUCGUUUGGCAGCUGCCAAGGGAAUUUCGCAAGUUGUCUUCUCGCGUAUCGUGAUGGCAGCGCCGGGAAUGCUCGUGCUUCCGAUUAUCAUGGAACGGAUGGAGAAAAAACCGUGGUUUAGUCGUCUUUCGGCGUUGCAUGGACCCUUUCAAGUUAUGGUUUGCGGGUGUUUCUUGACGUUUAUGGUACCAUUCGCAUGUGCCAUCUUCCCGCAAAGGGCUUGCUUGUCGACGACAAUGAUGAAACGCUUCGAACCCGAAUUGUACAAAGAAAUGGAGGACAAUACCAAAGGAAACAUUCCAACUACGGUCUAUUUCAACAAGGGACUUUAAGAAUUUUGACAAUUUAACGCCGUUAAUACGUAAAUGAGCUUCUCCCUUCGAGUGAAAAAAAAUUAUUCGACGCAUUUCGUAGUUUUUAAAGCAUUUAGCUUCUCUCUCUGUAGGAGGCAAUCUCACAAAGCUCACAAAAAAUAUUUUUUUUUAAUAAUUUAAAGUCAAUUACGACCUAAAAAGUCAUUUUUCUUUAUAAAUCCGUAAAUGUUAGACAUUAAAAAACAAAUUUGAGACAAUAAUCGCGUAGAAUAAAUUACAAAAUAGCAUGUUUGACAAAAAAUUUAAUAUUUUUUUUUAUUGCUAAAAAUUUACUUCCCAAUCGGGAUCGACGUGCGUAUUCUCAAUCCAUGCAUUUCCUUAAUUUGCUCCUUCAGAGCUUCCGUUAUAAGUUUAUGUUGUUUCACCGUGUUCAGUCCCUUAAAUUCUACACUUUCUACAAAAAUUUCGUACAUUGCACCGCAUCCGCCGGAGACAUCUUCAACUUUGACUCUGUCAGCUUUUGGAAAUCUUUCUUCCAAAAUUUUCUUCAAGACUUCUUCCGAGUUGUUGCUUGUUGCUUGUGUGGAGUUGCCAGACCAGACACGA